AUGCAAUCACAAUUUAGCAAGAUUGUAAAUACCAUAGCCACGGACUUCCAUCGAGCUCUUCAGUACGCCAAGAAUGAACAAGCACAUUGUGCUUCAUUUGAGCGCAAAUAUGAAGACAUUUGUGACCAGGGAAACGUCACUCCUAUGGAGGAUCCAAGAAACAUUGAACUGGCACAAACGAAUCGUGUGCCUGAAAAUGGCGUUUAUGAACGCAACUGGGACCGGGAUUGGGAUAUUGUAAACACAUAUAAGAAAAACAACCCUGGGAGAAUGAAUUGGAUGGCCUGUUACGAAUUCGGACAACAAUAG